AUGAGUACUGAAGAUUUUAUUGCUACAUUAAGACGUUUUAUUGCUCGUCGAGGACAUCCAAGUAUCAUUAGUAGUGAUAACGGAACAAACUUUACUGGUACAAACAACAAAUUGUGUGAGCUAUAUAAACUAGUUCAGCAACCUGAUCAUCAGAACUCUGUUACAUUAUUCUGCCAGUCAAAGGAAAUUCAAUGGAAAUUCAUUCCACCUGCUUCGCCUUAUCAUGGAGGGUUGUGGGAAUCAAAUAUAAAGUCUGCCAAGGGUAUUCUAAAUAAGGUUACAGGAGACAUGUGA